UUGCUCAUUACUAUUGACAUCAAAACACGCUUCUGCAAGGUACCACAGUAGCUCGCUCAGUCGAUCCGAGGCCAAGUACCUGCACUACAAUUCCCGUCCUAGGAGCACGCGAUCUCUCAUCAUCUCGUGCUGACCGCUCACUACUGCCGAUUACCAAUCGACCCAGGGUGCUAACUUCUGUAUUUACCUUCCUUUCACAUCAACCCGUCUCCCUCGACAGUACGCAUUAAGGACGCACCAUUAUCCGAUAUGGCGGAGCACAACUACACGUUCAAUGUUACGAUGACCUGCGGCGGCUGCUCGGGUGCCGUGGAGAGGGUGCUGAAGAAGCUCGACGGCGUCAAGUCAUACGAUGUUUCGCUCGACACACAAACGGCGAUAGUGAAGACCGAAGAGAGCGUCGGCUACACCACUGUGCUGGAGAAAAUCAAGAAGACCGGUAAGAAAGUCAACUCCGGCGCAGCAGACGGCGUGCCGCAGAGUGUAUGA